AAAAUAAAUGUUUAGUCUGAAGGUUUUCUCUGACCUACGCUUGUAGUCUAUCCCUCGUCAUGAGCUACGCGAUGUCCACCACAGUAGCAGUGACGGUUGGAGUGGUGCUGGUGUCAACAGCUGGGCUCCUGGGUUAUUAUUACUUCAACAGGAAGAGGAAAAUACUCAUAACCCUAAUUGAUCCUUCUGAAAAAUACAAGUUGCGACUAGUAGACAAAGAGAUCAUAAGUCAUGAUACCCGGAGAUUUCGGUUCGCCCUGCCUAGUCCAGAGCAUGUUUUGGGAUUACCAGUGGGCAAGCAUGUUUAUCUCUCUGCCAGGAUUGAUGGGAAUCUGAUUGUGCGUCCUUACACACCGGUGUCCAGCGAUGAUGACAAAGGAUUCGUUGAUCUAGUCGUGAAGAUUUAUUUUAGGGAUGUGCACCCAAAGUUUCCUGAAGGGGGAAAGAUGUCCCAAUACCUGGAGAGUUUGCGGAUCGGAGAUGUGAUUGACUUCAGAGGACCAGGAGGUUUGCUGGAGUACAAGGGCGCAGGUCGCUUGGAUAUACAGGCCGAUAAGAAGGCCCCUGCAGAGACCAAGACUGUAAAAUCUCUGGGUCUUAUUGCUGGAGGAACAGGCAUUACGCCAAUGUUGCAGCUGAUUCGUGACAUCACCAAGAACCCAAAUGACACGACUACAUGCAGCCUGUUGUUUGCCAAUCAGACUAAGAAGGACAUUCUGCUGAAGGAUGAGCUGGAGGAGAUUCAGGCCAGGCAUUCUGAUCGCUUCAAACUCUGGUUCACCGUGGACCGAGCUCCUGCAGAUUGGGAGUACAGUCAGGGCUUCAUCAGCGCUGAGAUGAUUCAGGACCAUCUUCCUCCACCCAGUGAUGACUCUAUGAUCCUGAUGUGUGGUCCACCUCCUAUGAUCCAGUUCGCCUGUAAUCCAAACCUGGACAAGCUGGGCUACAGGCAGAGCCAGCGCUUCGCCUAUUAGGCCGUUCUCAAUGUUUAGGGCCAGACCACAAAUUACUCCAAAGAUACUGAGUUGCGCACAAUCGUAUUUGGCAUUUUAAAUCUGAUCUUACAAAGCAAAUAGCUCUUUUAUGGACAGUAUAUAAUACACAUUAAAUGUUUAAGUGCUAGACUGUCCAGAGAUAAUUGGUUCUUCAUAUUAAAAGCCUUUAAUUCAGUAAUAAGAAACAUGAUCUGCUGUCUCCUCAGGCUUUAUAUUCACCGUUGUGGCUCAUGAUAAGAUGCUGAUACUACAAAAACAAACGCACUUAAAAAAAGCACCAGUGCUGCUUGCUGGUUUAAUGCUGAAUAUUAUAUUCAUGUGCCUAUAUGUGAGCUAUGAGUUCAUUGUUGUAUGUGCACAUUGUUAUAUGCUGUCACUGGAGUAUUUUUGUAUGCAUGUUGUACUCCUUAUGUUUGUCUCGUUAAUCGUAUUUAAAUUUAAAAAGCAACACAUUUGUUUUGUAUGAAAUGCACUAAAGUAAAAGCAUAUUAAAGUGUUUUCACUGGGAGCUUGUUUUAUUUUCUUCUUUAGUGUGGCCAAAUAAGAGUUGUUUUGGUUGUGAUGUGCUCACAUUUGCAUUGAUAUUAUAAAAACUGACUUGUAUUUGAAUCUAAAAAGCAAUGAAGUUGUUUUAUAUAAAAUGUAUGUAUGGAAAGGUAAAACAAGAGAUCAUUAAUAAACAUAUUAAACAAUCA